AUGGUGAUCUACCCCAGCCGAGCCGAUUUCAACUCUUGGGAACAGCUGGGGAAUGAGGGCUGGAACUGGGACUCGCUUUCGCCGUAUCUGAAAAAGUCCCAAACAUUUCAUCCGCCUUCUACCCAGAUCAAGGAGGAACUGUCUCUGCAGUAUAUCGACCAGGUUGUGCAGGGCAGCUCCGGCCCACUUCAGGUCUCAUUUGGCGAUGGUCCAUUUCCGGCUUUUGUGGGAGCUUGGCCAAAGGUGUUCGAGAACCUCAACUUAGAGAUCACCGGUGAUCCCAUGUCCGGUGUCGCGAAAGGAGCCUUUUGUGGCCCGGGGAGUAUUCACCCCACUGCCAGGACACGCAGCCAUGCUGGUGUGACAUACUACAACGAAGAGGUGGCCAAGCGACCAAACCUCCGUGUUAUCACGGAAGCCUUUGUGGAGACUGUUGUUCUUGAAAACACCAGUGAUGAGGAAGUUGUGGCUACUGGGGUUCGGUUCGUUGGCAAAGAUGGCAUCCAGCAAACGGUAGCGGCCAAGCGUGAGGUUAUUCUAGCCGCAGGUGCAAUUAAGACACCGCACCUGCUGGAGCUGUCCGGUAUUGGCAACAGUUCCCUUCUCCGGUCCCACGGAAUUGAGCCUAUUGUGGAUAAUGAGAACGUUGGAGAGAACCUCCAAGAACACGGCUUUGUCCCGUUCAGCUGGGAGGCCGCUGAUGGGCAGCCUACCGGCGAGGCACUGCGAAUUCCCGAGGUCGCAGCCGCCGCCAUGGAAGCUUGGCAAGGAUCAGGGGCAGGUCCGCUUGGCCUCUGUCCUCUGCCGUCCUCGUAUACAAGCCUCGGGGACCUCAAAAAUGGCGACGUGAAAUCCCUCAUUGAUCAGUAUUUGCAGGAGAAAGACCUUUCGCCGAGCCUAACGGCACAGUACGAAGUGCUUCGUCGGAUGCUCGAAGACGAUGAUGAACCAACAGGUCAAUACACCUUGGCACCAUUCCAGAUCUUGCCCGAUAAAGGACCGAGCCCCAAGGGAAUCUUUGGAAUGCUGGAGCCGGAGAAUUUCAUAAGCAUCGUUUCAGUUUUGAACCGGCCUUUCUCGCGCGGCAAUGUUCAUCUCACCUCGUCCGAUACCAAGGCAAAUCCGACCUUUGAUCCGCGCUUCUUCUCUCAUCCGCUGGACCUGGAGCUUCACGCGCGUCACGUUCGCUGGCUGGAAACUCUUGCGUGGACUGAGCCAAUGGCCUCUCUUCUCAAAGCAGAUGGCCGGCGCUUACAGAACUCCUCGCGGGAUAUCACUCUUGAAACAGCUCGAGAAUUGGCUCGUGACCGGAUUGUCGCCCACUACCACGUAUCUGGUACCGCUGCGAUGAUGCCGCGUGAGAAGGGCGGUGUUGUUGAUUCCCAUCUCAAGGUGUAUGGCACACAGAAUCUGCGAGUGGUCGAUGCUAGUAUCUUGCCUCUGAUUCCCCGUGGAAAUAUUCAGACCACUGUGUUUGCUGUUGCAGAAAAGGCCGCGGACAUCAUUGCGGCCGAUUUUUGA